GCUAAUCAGGAUCAGCAGCCAUGAAUGGGACACAGCGAGAGUCUAUAGACUGACCCAAAACAUCCAAAAACUGCUUACUGGACACCUUACUCAGGAGUCGGGAGACCACCAGAGACCUAAAAGGAGGACUUUACUGGAAGGUGGACGGGAGCAGGACCCGGAAGUGGACUCUUCUUCGUCAGUCCAUCAUCCUCUUGGUCUCCUUUUAGACCAGGACUGAAGAGACCCCGACUAGGAGGAAUAAGAGGGGGUCUUGACAAAGUGUGCUGAGAGAGGCUGCGACACUCAUGGACGAGCGGAAACCGAGGCCUUUAGUCGACUUCCUAGGCUGUUAAUGAACGUUCCAAGUCGCUCCAGCCAUCGCCCACACAUGUGAGUUCUGAUGUCCUGGAUUCAAACCGAGACUGAACCAUGGUCAUUCUGCAGCAGGGCGACUAUGUGUGGCUGGACCUCAAAACGGGCCGGGAGUUUGACGUGCCCGUGGGCGCGGUGGUCAAACUCUGCGACUCCGGACAGAUCCAGGUUCUGGACGACGAAGGCAGGGAACACUGGAUCGCCCCCCAGAGCGCCCCCAACAUCAAGCCCAUGCACCCCACCUCCAUCCAGGGGGUGGAGGACAUGAUCCGGUUGGGCGACCUCAACGAAGCCGGAAUUCUGCGCAACCUGCUGAUCCGCUACAAGGAACGCGUCAUUUAUACGUACACGGGGUCCAUCCUGGUGGCCGUAAAUCCCUACCAGCUGCUGCCCAUCUACACGCCCGACCAGAUCCGCCUCUACACCAACAAGAAGAUCGGCGAGAUGCCGCCGCACAUAUUCGCCAUCGCCGACAACUGUUACUUCAACAUGCAGCGCAACAACAAGGACCAGUGUUGCAUCAUCAGCGGUGAAUCCGGAGCCGGCAAGACGGAGAGCACCAAGCUGAUUCUUCAGUUCCUGGCAGCCAUCAGCGGGCAGCACUCCUGGAUUGAGCAGCAAGUCCUGGAGGCCACGCCCAUCCUGGAAGCCUUCGGCAACGCCAAAACCAUCCGCAACGACAACUCCAGCCGAUUCGGCAAGUACAUCGACAUCCACUUCAGCAAGCGAGGGGCCAUCGAGGGGGCCAAGAUAGAACAGUACCUGCUGGAGAAGUCCCGAGUGUGUCGCCAGGCACCAGAUGAGAGGAACUACCACAUUUUCUACUGCAUGCUGAAGGGCAUGAGUCCAGAGAUGAAGGCCAAGCUGGGCUUAGGUCUGGCCAGGGACUACUGCUACCUCACCAUGGGUAAGUGCACUGAGUGCGACGGUCGCGACGACCUGACGGACUACUCCAGCAUCUUGUCAGCCAUGAAGGUCCUCAUGUUCACCGAGACGGAGACCUGGGAGAUCUCCAAGCUGCUGUCGGCCAUCUUGCACAUGGGCAACCUGAGAUUUGAGGCUCGUACGUACGACAACCUGGACGCCUGCGUGGUGGUGAGGUCACCUGACCUGGUCACUGCCGCAUCGCUCAUGGAGGUGGAACCGAAGGACGUGAUGGUGUGUUUGACCACUCGAACGCUGAUCACGCGCGGCGAAAGCGUGGCCACGCCGCUCAGCGUUGAGCAGGGCCUGGAUGUCAGGGAUGCUUUCGUGAAGGGUAUUUACGGCAGGUUAUUUGUUUGGAUCGUGGACAAGAUCAACGCCGCCAUCUUCAGGCCGCCGCCCUGCGAUUACAACAACGUCACGCGACGGUCCAUCGGCUUGCUGGACAUCUUCGGAUUUGAGAACUUCAUCGUCAACAGUUUUGAGCAGCUGUGCAUCAACUUCGCCAACGAGAACCUGCAGCAGUUCUUCGUGCGGCACGUCUUCAAGCUGGAGCAGGAGGAGUACAACCUGGAGGACAUCAGCUGGCAGCACAUCGAGUUCACCGACAACCAGGACGCGCUGGACAUGAUCGCCAACAAGCCCAUGAACAUCAUCUCCCUCAUCGACGAGGAGAGCAAGUUCCCCAAGGGAACUGACUCCACGAUGUUGUACAAGCUCAACUCGCAACACAAACUCAACUCCAACUACAUUCCCCCGAAGAACAGCUACGAGAGCCAGUUCGGUAUCCAACAUUUCGCCGGUGUGGUGCACUACGAGACCAGAGGAUUCCUGGAGAAGAAUCGUGACAGUCUCCACACAGACAUCAUCCAGCUGGUGCACUCGUCCAAGAACAAGUUCAUCAAGCAGAUCUUCCAAGCAGAUGUGGCCAUGUUUCUGUGCGGCUAUCAGCAGCCCAGCACGCCCGUGCCGAAGGGUGUCGAGACCAGGAAGCGCUCUCCGACUCUGAGCAGCCAGUUCAAACGCUCCCUCGAGAUGCUGAUGAGGACGCUGAGUGUGUGUCAGCCUUUCUUUGUCCGCUGCAUUAAACCCAACGAGCUCAAAAAGCCGAUGUUGUUCGACAGAGAGCUGUGCAUCCGCCAGCUGCGCUACUCCGGCAUGAUGGAGACCAUCCGAAUCAGACGGGCCGGCUAUCCCAUCCGGUACUCGUUUGGCGAGUUUGUGGAUCGCUACCGCGUCCUCAUGCCUGGCGUCAAACCAGCGCACAAACAGGGGGACCUGCGAGGCACAUGUCAGCAGAUAGUCCUGGCCCGACUGGGACGCCAUGGAGACUGGCAGAUCGGAAAGACCAAGAUUUUCCUCAAGGAUCACCACGACAUGCAGCUCGAGAUCGAGCGGGACAAGGCCAUCACCGACAAGGUCAUCCUCAUCCAGAAGGCCGUGCGCGGACUCAGGGAGAGGACCCACUUCCGCCGACUGAGGAGCGCCGUGACCGUCCUCCAAAAGCUGUGGCGAGGUUAUCGAUGCAGAAAGGAUUACAAAAUUAUGCGCUGUGGCUUCCUGCGCCUCCAGGCCGUCUUCAGGUCCAGGAAGCACUACAGGAACUACUGCGUCACUCGCCUAUGCAUCACUCACAUCCAAGCCCGCUGCAGGGGGUUCCUCAUACGCCAGACGUUUUGGAGGCGUCUCCGCGCCGUGUCCACAAUGCAGGCCUACACCCGAGGAAUGAUAGCCCGACGCCUCUGCCACAGGCUCAGGGCGGAGCUGCGGCAUCGCCAGGAGGCCGAACGCCAGCGCCUGACCGAGGAGGAGCAGCUCCGCAACCAGAUGACGGCGAGGCGGGCCAAAGUGGAGGCCGAGAGGAAUCACCAGGAGCGCCUUGUCCAGCUCGUCCAGCAGCAGGAGGAGAGGGAGCGGGAGGUGCGAGAAGAAGGCCGCAGGAAGAAGGAGCUGGUGGAGCAGAUGGAGCGGGACAGAGAGCAGCCCGUGGAUCACUCGGACAUGGUGGACCGCAUGUUCGGAUUCCUGGGGAACCCUGGACCUUUGUCCAACCAGGACGGGCAAGCGCCGGCUGGUUUUGAAGACUUGGUGAACGUGCCCCGCGACGAGGAGGCCGAAGGGGAACUGGUGAACCAACCUCUGCCGCUGCCCGACGAGGAAGACGAGGACCUGUCCGAGUACAAGUUCCCCAAGUUUGCCGCCACAUACUUCCAAGGCGUCUCCACCCACACGUACAUCAGACGCGCUCUGAAGCAACCGCUGCUUUUUCAUGAGGAUGAAGGAGACCAGCUGGCCGCGUUAGCCGUGUGGGUCACCAUCCUGAGGUUCAUGGGUGAUCUCCCCGAGCCCAAAUGCCAGCUGGUCCUCAACGACGGCAGCGAGAAGAUCCCCGUCAUGACCAAGAUCUACGAAACACUCGGUAAGAGGACCUACAAGAGGGAGCUACAGGAGCUGCAACUGGACACAGAGAACAGCUCCACCGAAAUCCAGAAGAGGAACAGUGUCCGGCAUAAACUUGUGUCCCUUACUCUGAAGAGGAAGUCCAAAAUCACUGAGGAGGUAACCAGGCGGCUGACCGAGGGGGACUACAGCCUCACGGGGAACAGCAUGCUUGAAGACCGACCCACCUCCAACCUGGAAAAACUGCACUUCAUCAUCGGAAACGGUAUCCUGAGGCCUGCCCUCAGGGAUGAGAUCUACUGUCAGAUCUGUAAGCAGCUCACUCAGAAUCCGUCCAAGAGCAGCCACGCUCGGGGAUGGAUCCUCCUGUCGCUCUGUGUCGGCUGCUUUGCACCUUCGGAGAAGUUUGUUAAGUAUUUAAGGACAUUUCUGAUCAAUGGCCCGCCUGGUUAUGCUCCAUAUUGCGAGGAAAGACUGCGAAGGACGUUUGUCAACCGUACACGGACCCAGCCGCCCUCUUGGUUGGAGUUACAGGCCACUAAAUCCAAGAAGCCCAUCAUGCUUCCGGUGACGUUCAUGGAUGGCACCACCAAGACUCUACUCGCGGACUCAGCCACCACGGCCAGCGAGCUGUGCAACGCUCUGGCGGACAAGAUCAACCUCAAGGACCGCUUUGGGUUCUCGUUGUACAUCGCUCUUUUCGACAAGGUAUCGUCGCUGGGCAGCGGCAACGACCACGUCAUGGACGCUGUUUCCCAGUGUGAGCAGUAUGCCAAAGAGCAAGGUGCACAGGAACGCAACGCUCCGUGGAGGCUGUUCUUCAGGAAGGAGAUCUUCACGCCGUGGCACGACCCCGCCGACGACCAUGUGGCAACCAAUCUCAUUUACCAGCAGAUUGUGCGUGGGGUGAAGUUCGGAGAAUACCGCUGCGAGAGGGAGGAAGACCUAGCCGAGCUGGCAUCCCAGCAGUACUACGUGGAUUACGGCUUGGAAAUCCUGCACGACCGCCUCCUCAGCCUCAUCCCCUCCUACAUCCCGGACAGGGAAAUCACCUCCACCAAGAAUCCGGAGAAGUGGGCUCAGCUCAUCAUCACCGCCCACAAGAAGGGACUGCACAGUAAGAGGAGGCCAAACACGCAGAAGGUGAAGGAGGACGUAGUGUCUUUUGCUCGAUUAAAGUGGCCUUUAUUGUUUUCACGCUUCUACGAGGCCUUCAAGUUCUCAGGACCCAGUCUGCCCAAGAACGAUGUCAUCGUCGCAGUAAACUGGACGGGGGUUUACUUUGUGGACGAGCAGGAACAAGUCCUUCUGGAGCUUUCUUUCCCGGAAACCAUUGCGGUGUCAAGCAGCAGAGGCGGCAAACUCCAAGGUCAAAGUUUCACACUGGCCACCAUCAAAGGAGACGAGUACACGUUCACGUCGAACAACGCAGAGGACAUCCGGGAUUUGGUAGUGGCCUUCCUAGAAGGUCUGCGUAAGCGGUCCAAGUUUGUGGUGGGACUUCUGGACUGUCCCAAUCCUGCCGGGGCAGAUUCCACAUUCCUGAGUUUCUCCAAGGGGGAUCUGAUCAUACUCGAUGAACAUGACGGGGAGCAUGUGAUGAACUCCGGCUGGGCUCACGGGAUCAACGACAAGACCAAGCAGCGAGGCGACUUCCCGGCGGACUGCGUCUAUGUUCUGCCCACCAUCACCAGACCGCAGUACGACAUUGUGGCUCUGGUGACGAUGACUCCGGAUCAGAGGAGGGAAUCCGUCACGCUGUCCCAGAUGAGUCUUGUGGACAACGAGGAUAAAACCAAGGCCUACACACUGGAAGAGUUCUCCUACGACUACUUCAGGCCUCCUCCAAAGAGCACACUUAGCAGGGUGAUGAUAUCUAAAGCCCGAGGGAAGGAGCGUCUGUGGAGCUGCAGCAAGGAGCCUCUCAAGCAAUCUCUUCUGAAGAAGGUUUUUGCCCACGAGGAGCUUUCCCAGGAGGCUUGCCAGGCGUUCAUGGCUGUGAUGAAGUACAUGGGCGACUACCCGUCCAAGCGGGUGCGCUCGGUCAACGAGCUCACCGAUCAGAUCUUCGAGGGGGCCCUGAAAGCUGAGCCGCUGAAAGACGAGAUCUUCUGUCAGAUUCUCAAGCAGCUCACCGACAAUCACAUCAAGUACAGCGAGGAGAAGGGCUGGGAGCUGCUGUGGUUGUGUACUGGCUUGUUCCCUCCUAGUAACAUCCUGCUGCCCCACGUCCAGAAGUUCCUCCAGGCCAAGAAGCACUAUCCUUUGGCUCCCGAUUGCAUGCAGCGGCUGCAGAAAGCCUUGAGGAACGGAUCAAGGAAGUAUCCUCCUCACCUGGUGGAGGUGGAGGCCAUCCAGCACAAAACCACACAGAUCUUCCACAAAGUUUAUUUCCCAGAUGACUCGGACGAGGUGUUUGAGGUGGAGUCCAGCACCAAGGCCAAAGACUUCUGCCACAACAUUUCUGGACGCCUGAUGCUCAAAUCCUCAGAGGGUUUCAGUCUGUUUGUCAAGAUCACAGACAAGGUGAUCAGCGUGCCGGACGGCGACUUCUUCUUCGACUUUGUCCGCCACCUGACCGACUGGAUCAAGAAAGCCAGACACGUGAAAGACGGCGUGGUGCCUUCACUGACCUACCAGGUGUUCUUCAUGAAGAAGCUGUGGACGAACACCAUGCCCGGCAAGGACGCCAUGGCCGACUCCAUCUUCCACUAUUAUCAAGAGCUGCCAAAGUACCUGCGAGGUUACCACAAGUGUUCCAAGGAUGAAGUGCACCAACUAGCGGCACUCAUCUACCGGGUGAAGUUUGAGGAUGACAAGUCCCACUUCCAGAACAUGCCCAAGAUCCUCAAGGACCUCGUCCCCCAGGACCAGAGUCGACAUUUGUCUCCUGACGACUGGAAGAGGUCCAUCAUGUCGGUGUUUAACAAACAAUCUGGAAAAACCAAAGAAGAAGCCAAACUUUCCUUCCUGAAACUCAUCUACAAGUGGCCCACAUUUGGGUCGGCCUUCUUUGAAGUCAAACAAACCACUGAUCCAAAUUACCCGGAAACCCUCUUGAUUGCCAUCAACAAACACGGAGUCAGUCUCAUUGACCCCAAGUCCAAGGACAUCUUGACCACGCACCCCUUCACCAAGAUCUCGAACUGGAGCAGCGGCAACACCUACUUCCACAUCACCAUCGGGAACCUGGUGCGAGGAAGCAAGCUGCUGUGCGAAACCUCGCUGGGCUACAAAAUGGACGACCUGCUUACGUCGUACAUCAGCCAGAUGUUGACCACCAUGACCAAACAGCGGAGCUCUCGCGGCAGCAGCAAGUGAACACUGGCGGCGUCUCCUAUUGGCCCUUAACACUCACUAGUUGCCUUCCAAUCAGCUCUUUCCUCGCCGGUAUGUGGCGCCUGCCCGAGGUUAUCGUCCCCCUUGGGUCUCCAUGCAGCAACAUUAUUUAAAGUUCAGUUAAAGUACCAAUGAUUGUCACAAACACACAAGGUGUGGCGAAAUGUGUCCUCUGUGUUAGACCCAUCCCCUUGUUCACCCCCUGGGAGGUGAGGGGGAGCAGUGGGCAGCAGUAGUGGCCGCGCCCGGGAAUCAUUUUAGGUGAUUCAACCCCCAAUUCCAGCCCUUGAUGCUGAGUGCCAAGCAGUGAGGUAAUGGGUCCCAUUUUUAUGUAUGUGCGUUACCGUUUUGUUGGAGACUGAAAUCAACGCAAUGAUCCACUUAAAGGGGAACAUUAUCACAAUUUCAGAAGGGUUAAAACCAAUAAAAAUCAGUUCCCAGUGGCUUAUUUUAUUUUUCAAAGUUUUUUUUCAAAAUUUUACCCAUCAUGGAAUAUCCUGAAAAAAGGCUUUAAAGUGCCUGAUUUUCGCUGUCUGUAAAUCCACCCGUCCAUUUUCCUGUGACGUCACAUAGUGACGCCAAUACAAACAUGGCGGAUACCACAGCAAGAUAUGGCGACAUUAGCUCGGAUUCAGACUCGGAUUUCAGCGGUUUAAGCGAUUCAACAGAUUACGCAUGUAUUGAAACGGAUGGUUGGAGUAUGUAGGCAGAUAGCGAAAAUGAAAUUGAAGAAGUAACUGAAGCUAUUGAGCGAAGAGCUAUUGAAGCUAUUCGGCGAUCGCCUUCUAACCAACGAUUGCAUCUUUUGACCACUGGAGCAACUUAAACCCGUCGAUUGGUAAGUGUUUGUUUGGCAUUAAAUGUGGGUGGAGAGGAAGGCUGGAUGCAAAUAUAGCUAUAAAUGUACAUACAGCUAGCCUAAAUAGCAUGUUAGCAUCGAUUAGCUGGCAGUCAUUCCACGACCAAAUAUGUCUGAUUAGCACAUCAACAAAAUUCACCUUUGUGAUCUCGUUGACUUUAUCGUUGGAAAUGCAUCUGUUUUGAGUGUCGCAGGAUAUCCACACGUUUCUCUGUGCCAUGUCUGUCGUAGCAUCGCCGGUAAAAUGUGCGGACCAAACGAGGGACUUUCGCAUCUUUUUACACUGGUGCAACUUGAAUCCGUCGAUUGGUAUGAUUUUGUUUGGCAUUAAAUGUGGGUGGAGGGAAAGGCUGGAUGCAAAUACAGCUACAAAUGAGGCAUAACGAUGUAAUAUGUACAUACAGAUAGCCUAAAUAGCAUGUUAGCAUCGAUUAGCAUGCCGUGCUAAUCGAUGUACACUCCUCGUAAGACAACUUGAAUCCGUCCCUGAUCGUGUUGUUACACCCUCCGACAACACACCGACGAGGCAUGAUGUCUCCAAGGUACGGGAAACAGUCGAAAAACGGAAAAUAACAGAGCUGAUUUACCUCGGUGAUUGUAAUGUGUUUGAGAAAAUGGCGGUUUGAUUACCUAUGUGACGUUUUAAUUCGCCAAAAUUCACCCAUUUAGAGUUCGGAAAUCGGUUGAAAAAAGAUAUGGUCUUUUUCUGCAACAUCAAGGUAUAUAUUGACGCUUACAUAGGCCUGGUGAUAAUGUUCCCCUUAAAGACUUUUUUUGUAGGCCACUUGUCUCGUAACGUGAUUUUCUUCAGCAGGAUAGUUGGCUAAAAAAAUGUAAGCGUGAGGUAAGUAGCUUAUCCUUAUUUAUACUUUUGCCGAUGUGUUACUUGUGCCACCAACUUCACCUCCGUCCUAUAAUCGUUGUUUUUUAUGUAUGAAAAAUGAUGCAGGGGUUUAAAAUCCCAGUGCUCAAAGCAACACGUGGUAGAAGUAAAAAUGACUUUAUGCAAAAUGCACACUGGAGCUUGUUCCUUGAAAAUAAAAGAGCAACAAAACAA